UUUGUUUGUUUUAUUUUAGAAACAGAAAAGAUCCCUGUAAUGCGUGGACAGUGGUUUAUUGAUGGGACUUGGCAGCCUCUGGAAGAGGAGGAAAGUAACUUAAUAGAACAGGAGCAUCUCAACCGCUUCAAAGGCCAGCAGCUGCAGGAGAGCUUUGAUAUGGAAAUAUCCAAACCUGUUGAUGGGAAGGAGGCUAUUCAUAGUUUAAAGCUGAGCCGUAACCACGUGGACUGGCACAGUGUGGAUGAAGUUUAUCUCUACAGUGAUGCCACAACAUCCAAAAUUGCAAGGACUGUUACACAAAAGUUGGGGUUUUCCAAAGCUUCAAGCAGUGGCACAAGGCUACACAGAGGCUACGUGGAGGAAGCCACGUUGGAAGACAAGCCACCCCAGACCAGUCACAUUGUGUUUGUUGUGCAUGGGAUUGGGCAGAAGAUGGACCAAGGGAGGAUCAUCAAAAACACAGCCAUGAUGCGAGAUACUGCAAGAAAAGUGGAAGAAAAGUAUUUUUCCAAUCUUGCAACACACGUGGAAUUCCUCCCAGUGGAGUGGAGAUCAAAGCUGACCCUCGAUGGAGACACUGUGGACUCCAUAACUCCGGAUAAAGUGCGGGGUUUACGGGAUAUGCUCAACAGCAGUGCCAUGGACAUCAUGUACUACACCAGUCCUCUUUACAGGGAUGAGCUGGUGAAGGGGCUGCAGCAGGAGCUGAACCGCCUCUACUCCCUCUUCUGCUCCCGGAACCCCGAGUUUGAGGAGAAGGGAGGGAAGGUGUCCAUCGUGUCCCACUCUCUGGGCUGUGUCAUCACCUAUGACAUCAUGACAGGCUGGAAUCCAGUCAGGCUCUAUGAGCAGCUGCUGCAGAAGGAGGAGGAGGAGGAGCUGGAAGAGCGUUGGAUGAGCUACGAGGAGCAGCGUUUGCUGGAGGAACUUUACAUAACCAAACAACGGUUGAGAGAGAUAGAAGAGAGGUUACAUGAGUUAAAGGCAUCCACCAUAUCAAAACCACCUGUCUUAAAAUUUAAGGUUGAGAAUUUCUUCUGUAUGGGAUCCCCACUGGCAGUGUUCCUGGCCUUGCGUGGGAUCCGUCCCGGGAGCAGCGGCAGCCAGGAUCACAUCCUGCCCAGAACCAUCUGUAACCGCUUAUUAAACAUUUUUCAUCCAACAGAUCCAGUGGCCUACAGGUUAGAACCCUUAAUCCUGAAACACUACAGCAACAUCUCACCUGUGCAGAUCCACUGGUACAACACAGCCAACCCCCUCCCUUACGAGCACAUGAAGCCAAGUUUCCUCAACCCCAGCAAAGAACCUACCUCAGCCCCGGACACCGAGAGCGCGUCGGCGGCGCCCAGCCCCACCACGUCCCCGGUGAUGGUGCGGCGCCACUACGGGGAGUCCAUCACCAACAUUGGCAAAGCCAGCAUUUUGGGAGCUGCGAGCAUCGGGAAGGGCCUCGGUGGGAUGCUCUUCUCCAGGUUUGGCCGGUCCAGUGCCACCCCCCAGAGCAUGGAGACAGGAAAAGAGGGACCUGAGGGGGAUGAGAAGAAGACCACGAGUGCUGGGAGCCCACCUUUGCCUCACAGCAGCUCGGGAUUCCUCGAACCCACAGUGGAACUGGAGCACAGGAUCGACUUUGAGCUCAGGGAAGGUCUCGUGGAGAGCAGAUACUGGUCUGCAGUCACAUCCCACACUGCUUACUGGUCAUCUCUGGAUAUUGCCCUCUUCCUCCUCACCUUCAUGUACAAGCAAGACCAAGAAGAGACUGACAAAUCCAAUUUAGACACUGUGUGAGUUUUUCACUGGGGACAGGAGAGGAAACUUUCAAAACCAGUGGCACAAAACGGAUUUGACUGCAGAGCUGCAGGACCUGUGGCAUGGAGGUUUCAGGUUCAAGUGCAUGUUUGGGGGGUUUUCCUGUUUCUAAAAAGGAGAAGUUAUUUGUAUUUCAAAGCACUUUAUAGUUUUCAACGUUUUGCAGUGCUGAAUUAGACCUGAAAGAAUUCCAGAUUCCUGUCAAUGUGGACUGUACAAAGAGCCAAGACAGCAUUGUAGCAUCCCGUGAGCAUUUGUGCUUGGGUGACAUCCUUGUUAAUGACCAUAAUUGCUGUUUAGUUCAUUAAACUAUUAAAAAAAAAAUAGUGGAUUAAAAAAAAAAAACAACAAAAAAAAAAACCAACAACAACAAACCAAACCUAAAUUAAUUUGCAUUAACAAAAAAAAAAACAAAAAUAGAUGUUCAGUACAAACCUAAACCUGCCAUGUGCUGAUGUUUUACGUACCCGUGAUUAACAAGCAGUGGUGUCAUUUUUCCAGGACUUUAUUCAGCUCCACAUCCAAUUAUCCUUACAUUGGAAGCCCAUUCUCACUGCUGGCUCCUGAGGGUCUAUCCUAUGUGAUAAAUUAAGAAACUAAUGCUGAAGAGAAAAAAAAAAAGAAAAAAACUAUAAAAAAAAAAAAGAGCAUGAGGCAAAUAUUUGAAAUACUGUAAUUAUAAUUUAUUAUUCUCUCUAAUCGUUUCAUUUUAUUCCAGUGUAUAAAACAUUACUUUUUUACUGAUUUCUUUUGACAUAAUUUAAGAACCACAUUUAUUUUCUACAGUGUUAAGACUUUUUCUCAGAAAUACAUAUCUUUGUACUACUAUUCAAAUGAAUAUAUGGACACUGUGGCACACUUUAAGUAUUUUUUCAUUAAAAAUAAAUAUUUGUGGUUUCA